GCCGCCCUGGAAGGCCCGCCUGCUUCGGGCGGCACCGGGCCCCGCGCGCCGGGGGCCGCUGCGGGCUCAGGCCCAGCGCUGGGUGAGUGUGAGUGAGACACGCGGUCCACGGCUCCGAGCCCGGGUCGAGACUGCAGGACCCCGAGCGGCCAGAGGAGACGAACAAAUAGUCCCCAGCGCCUCCUCCGGCCGCCCUGGGGCCUGUGGUUCCCGCCACCGCCCGGCGGACCGGGCCAGGCCGAGCGGGCAAACCUGGACCGAGGCCUGCGGGCUCUAAUUGCAGCGUUUGCGUUGAUGAUGAUGAUUUUUUUUUUUUAAAUCGCAGCAGCCCCCAGUUUAGCGGACUGAUUUACUCCGGGUAUUGGUAAAUAUGAUCACGUGGGCCGCGCGACCAAUGGUGGAGGCUGCAGCCUGCGAACUAGUCGGCGGCUCGGGCGCCGGCGGGGAGCGGCUCGGCGGCGGGCAGUGUAACCUUGGGUGGGAGCGCGCGGCGCCUCAAAAUGUCCUCCAGUGGCACCCUCAGCAACUACUACGUGGACUCGCUCAUAGGCCAUGAGGGCGACGAGGUGUUCGCGGCGCGCUUCGGGCCGCCGGGGCCCGGCGGCGGCGGCCCGGGCCCCGGUCCCAGCCCAGGCGGCCCAGCCAACGGGCGCCACUACGGGAUUAAGCCUGAAACCGGAGCGGCCCCGGCUCCUGCCGCCGCAGCCUCCACCACCACCACCUCCUCCUCCUCCUCGUCCUCCUCCACCUCCAAACGGACUGAGUGCUCCGCGGCCCGCGAGUCCCCGGGGAGCGGCGGCGCCGAGUUCCCGUGCAACUCGUUCCUGCGGGACAAGGCGGCGGCGGCGGCGGGACCGGGGCUCGGGGCAGGGCUCGGGGCUGGGCCUGGGGUGGGAGGCUCAGCCGAGCCCUCGGCUUGCAACGAUCACCCAAGCCCCGGCUGCCCGCUGAAGGAGGAGGAGAAGCAGCAGCAGCAGCAUCCGCAGCCGCCGCCGCAGCAACUUGACCCAAACAACCCCGCCGCGAACUGGAUCCAUGCUCGGUCCACCCGGAAAAAGCGCUGUCCCUACACCAAAUACCAGACGCUAGAGCUGGAGAAGGAAUUCCUCUUCAACAUGUACCUCACCCGGGACCGGCGCUACGAGGUGGCCAGGAUUCUGAACCUCACAGAGAGACAGGUCAAAAUCUGGUUCCAGAACCGUAGGAUGAAAAUGAAAAAGAUGAGCAAGGAGAAAUGCUCCAAAGGAGACUGACCCGGCGGCACCGGCUCGAGCGCCCUGGGGCAGCAAGGGGUUUUUUGUUGUUGUUGUUGUUUUGUGGGUUCUUAAUUUCCAGAAACUCCAGCGACUCAAGACUCCCUCCCCUCCCUUUUUUUUAGAUAGAAGUGACUGUGUGGUUGGUCUCUGUGAGUUAAUUGGGGGAACUGUGUUUGCUCUCUUAUGUGUUGGAGAAACCAAGUAGCUUUGGAGUUUCGCUCUAUCCCGCUCCCUCCCUUUCCUGCUCCUUGGUUCCUUAGAAAAUGCAAUAUUUUGUGACUGCACGCUGGCUUGAGGAACCCCUCCCCCGUGUAAAUAUCCCUCAUGUUUCUGGAAAGUGCUGUAGUCUAGUUCCCUCCCCCAGCGCUUUCCAAACAGGGCCUUGUGGGCCCCAAUUCGGAGAAUCUGAAGGCUGAGCGAGAAACUGUGUACACUCCUGCUGCUUGCCCAGGCCUGGGUCUGGGUCACCUACCGGUUGGAAAUCCCCCUUUCCUCAGGGAGCCGGCAGGCCCUCGUCCCAGACCUUGAGUGAGGCCUAAAGCAUCCCAGGGACUUGGGUGGGUGGAGGGGUUUAUUCGCAGUGUGUAGGGGCGUCUGCUCUCUCCCGGGAAGGCUGCCUCGGGUGGUGGCCCUCUCCAUUCCUGCCUGGAAACGGUUGUAAAUGUUAUCACUUCCUACCAAUAAAUGCUGAUCUGAUCAAAUGGUGCCCUGA